AGCAUCGUUUGACGUCCAAAAAUUACGUCACAAAGCUUGACCAAUCACAGGGAAGCUUGUCUUUGCAGUCUUGGAAUUUUCACACCAUUUACCUACGAGAACAAUGGAGGGUCGUCGCGCUUCGAAGCGAGUUCGUAGGCCUGUCGCCGAUCCUGAAAUGCUCAAUUUGGAGUACGUGGACUUUAACGGUGAUGAAGAGGAAGAGUUGGGAGUCACCGAUAAUGACUCUGAUUGGGACGAUGAGUUUCAGCGUCGAAUUGAUGCCCAGGCUGCAGUCCUGGGGGCUGAAGAGUCCGAUCAGGAAAAGGACAAGCCCACGGAUGACGAGUCGGGUGUAACAGGAGCGGAGGAAGAGGAGGGUGACGAUGAUGAGUUUGCGGACUUGCUCGCAGCCGACGUUCCUGGACCAAGCGCAGCGACUGUUCGACCACGGUAUCUUGUUUCUGGCAACGUAAAGGAGCCAGUAGAGAAGGAGUGGGUGGCUCCAUUCUACCAUCCAGACCGGAAUAAGAACCAUGACUCCUGCUUCCCUAAUGUGUCUCUGCCGAAAGGCAGAAGAAGGCCGUGUGAUGCAGAAGAACAAAGGCUGGUUGGUCUUGGUCUCCAUCAUCCUGAUUGCUGCGAUAUGGAUGGGGUCUGGAGUGUCAGAAUUGUGAUUUCGAACCUACCAGAAAUCCAGGCCCCUAGCUUCCAGCAGGUAUGGUGGGACCAUCACCAAUCCAAUUGUUUCGUGUCUUUUUUCUCUAUGCCAUCCUCCAGGAUAUUGCUCGACAUACCAACACAAAGGGACGAUAUCGCGCUGAGUCUUUGAACUGCCAGUGGCAGCACGACAUCUACCCACAGGAGCUGGCGGCCUUGUUUGGCCUCCUCUUGGGCAUGGGAAUUGUCCGGUUGCCAGCUAUAACAGAUUACUGAUCUCAUAUACGAUUUCUUGGACACGUUGAUUACAAGUCUGUGAUGUCUUGCCGGUGGUUUAGUGCCAUCAUGCGAGCAUUUAUGAUGAACACUUUUACACAAGCAAGGCUUCCUCAGAUUGCACCUGGUCUGGCUGCAGCUGAACCAGCAGCAGCUGAACUACCAGCAGCUGCACCACCAGCAGCUGCGCCAGCAGUUAGCUGCACCACAAGCAGCUGCACUACCAGCACUACCAGUAGCCAGACCAGCUCAACCGUCGGCAGACCAGCAACCAGUAGACCAGCAACGGUACAAUGCAGGUGUGCCUGAGGACAGAGACUGUUUAAGUUUUGUCCUGCUCUCCACCAUAUCAAGCACACCUGCUGCCAGCUCUACAAUCCCGGCCAGAACAUUUGCAUAGACGAACGAAUGCUCCCGUUUAAAGGUAGAUCUGGUAUGAAACAGCACAUGCCCAGAAACCCAUCAAAUGGGGGUUAAAGCUAUAGGUCCUAGCAACAUCAUGGGACCCAAACUUCUCCAUGGGAGGCGGCUACGUUGUUGAUUUUGAGGUAUACCUUGGCUAUCAGGAAGGCGCUUGACCUCCAGGGUUGUCAUGGAGCUCCUGCAACCCCGUAACCCUGACGCACCAGCAAGGUCUCUCGACAAAGGGUACCAUCUAUACCUUGACAACGAUUAUUCAUCAAAACAAGUUUUUGAAAAGCUGAGAGACAUACACAAGAAAAGCAGCUG